AUGUCUCUGAAUCGAGUCUCUUAUCUUGAGUCGUGGGGCCAAACUCGGGCUUCAUCGCGUCAGCAACAGCACCCGGGCCAAGAAGAUGGCGAUUCUGACUCUGUGGACGGGCGCAAUGUCGAGCUCCCGGAGGAAUCGAUUGCGUCCUCCUUCCAGUCAACGUACAGUUAUCGUCUGAAUUUCAAUCCGUAUGCUGGGCCCGGUUGGACCCAGCCCCCCGAUGAAGGUGCCCAUGACGAGCUCAUCUCGGGUCAUGAAACUCCUACGAUGAAAAUCCAGCCGAAACCGCUGGUCGAGAGUGACCAUGGAGGAUAUGAUGCGCAAGACUCCUCAAAAUUGCUGGAUAAAAACUAUCCAUUGCAAACCAUUGGAGCGUUCGAAGUCAGUAGUACACGACGAAUUUGCCAGGUAAUUAUUGCGGUCAUCUAUUGCUUCCUCGCAGCAGGAGUUGUGUUCGGAUUUGCGGCAUUGAAACCUGUCUUGAUCCGCGAAGGGGUCUAUCGCAAUCUGUGUUCGCGCGACGAGCUCUCUAAAAACCGGGAAGUCUGUUACGGACAGGAGCUGCGCCUGAAUCUCAUGUUCACAAUCGCCGCCGUGGCGACCAAUGUAUCCGCCUUGCCAGUUGGCACUGUCCUUGAUACAUACGGUCCUCGUGUCUGUGGUAUCAUUGGCAGCAUAUGUCUGACUUUCGGCGCCUUACUACUCAGUUUCGCUGCCAGUCUCCCCUUUGAUGCAUACAUUCCCGGAUACCUCUUUCUAUCGCUCGGAGGUCCCUUCAUCUUUAUCUCGUCAUUCCAGCUGUCCAACACAUUCCCUACUCGCUCUGGGUUGAUCCUGUCGAUGCUCACAGGUGCAUUUGACGCGUCCAGCGCCUUGUUUUUAAUCUUCCGACUCGCCAACGAGCGCACCAAUGGAUCAUUUACCACCCACAAGUUCUUCAUGGUUUAUCUGAUCGUUCCCGCCUUCAUCCUCGCCGUGCAACUUCUCAUCAUGCCGGCCACAUCCUACAAAACGGCCGGCGAGCUAGUCCAACAGGCAGAAGCCUACAUUGCCGACGAAGUCAACGACCGCGUCGACGAGCGCAUCGGCAAUCGCUCCGAAGGCGAGCGUCAGCGCAACGACCGCCGCGAGCGCCGCCAAGACGUCGUCAGCAAGAUCCAAGAUCUCCUAGGCGACAGCGCCAUCAGUGACGUCCCAGGUCUCGACGAGUUCUCUCGAACAACUCUUCCCCCGGUGAACGAGCCCCAAGACCGCAUCGUCAGCAAAACCCCACCCCGUAACACCACCGCAGGCAACGUCUGGGGGGCUCUCCACGGCCGCUCCGCUCUCCAACAAAUCACCACCCCCUGGUUCGUCCUCAUCACCCUCUUCACAAUCCUCCAGAUGCUCCGCAUCAACUACUUCGUCGCCUCCAUCCGCGCACAAUACGACUACCUCCUCUCCCCAGCCCUUUCCAAACAGCUAAACAGCGCCUUCGACGUCCUCCUCCCCCUCGGCGGGCUCCUCUCCGUCCCCUUCAUCGGCACCAUCCUCGACACCCUGACAACCCCAUACGUCCUCCUUAUCCUCGCCUCCACCGCCACCCUCAUCGGGAUCCUAGGCUGCAUCCCGCACAGCCUCCCCGCCGGCUACGCCAACGUCGCCCUCUUCGUCAUCUACCGACCAUUCUACUACACCGCCGUCUCCGACUACGCAGCCAAGGUCUUCGGCUUCCAGACCUUCGGAAAGGUCUACGGGCUUAUCAUCUGUCUGGCCGGACUCGGCAAUUUCCUCCAGGCGGGGCUCGACGCGGUGACAUUUAAGCUCUUCGGCCGCAAUCCGAUCCCGGUGAAUCUCGUGCUUACGGCGUCGACGGGUGUGAUUGGAGCCGCGCUGGUGGGGUUCGUCUGGUGGCAGGCCAAGCGGACGGAUGCCUCUCGGGCUCAGGGUAUGGCUGGGAAGGGCGUGGACGCCGGCAGGACGGAGAGCGUGAUGGUGAGUCGGUCAGAUGCGGUGGAUUACGCUGGCGUGGCGGCGAGGGAUUGGGGGCUGGAGCGGGAGCGGGAGCGGGAACCGUUGCUGCAUCGUGGCCCGCCACAUGGGGAGGCGUCGUCGUAUGGCAUUUCGAGCGGACCGUGA